AUGAGCCUUCUUCGAGAAUACCUCACAAAAACCAACGAAAAUUACAUUCAACCACUCUUCAAGAAAUUUCAAAAAGACAACACCACCGUUACCACCACCGUUACCACCACCGUCGCAACCGCUACCACCACAGGCGUUGCAACCUCUGUUGGAAUUCCAGCUCUAGCUUCCCUUCUCGGAUUUAAAGCAGGUGGAAUUGCUUCUGGUUCCAUCGCUGCUUGGUGGAUGAGUUGUUCAGACGUGGCCAGUGGAGGAAGCGUUGCUGCUGGAAGUUCUGUGGCUGUCAUGCAAUCGAUUGGAGCUGUGGGAGCUGUGGGAGCUGUGGGUUUGACCACAACAGUGUUGCCAUUGGCUCUAGUGACUGGUGUUGUGACUGGAGCUGCGGUUUAUGGGUAUCAAUGUUAUGAUAAGAAGAAACAACAACAUGUUGGUGGUGGUGCGGAUGAUACGAAGAAGAAGAAGGUAUAA